GAAAGGAUUAUAGAAAAAAAAAAAAUUACUGAAUUCAAUUUGAAUCAUCAAUCAAUCUGUCACUUGUAGCUAUGAUUCACCAUAGACAUCAACAAGUUUGCUUCGGCUAUGAUGAUGAUAUUCAUUCCAUCACAUCUAAUCGUCAUGAUUUGGCCAACAGCGAUGAAAUGAUCCAAAAUUCUCGUCAAUAUUCAGCAUCAACAGCAGAUCUUUUUAUUUCGCAAAAUUAUCCGGCUAAUAUUGAAGACGGAAUUAUUAUAGAAAAUAUAAAUCAAAACACAAAUUCUUAUCAACAUAAUCAAUCAGUGGCCAACAUGGUAGUGACAAAAGAUUCGAAACGAUUAGCUCGAAUUUUUCUCGAUACAAGUCAAUUUGAUCAACAGCAACAAUUACAACACUCCACCGAAAUCAUGAAUAAUGGUUUUGAUUGUAAUGCAAACAUCUAUACUGAACCCACUGUAGUUAAUACGACACUCACAAAUCAACGACCGCCACCUCCGAUCCCAUCAAACUUUUCCGAAUCACACCCAUCGAUGAACCAUGCAAUGAAUAAUUCCGGGACUGAUUCAUUAACUAUUGUUGGACAAGAUAUUGCUAUUACUUUACGACAAGGCCAACUUACUCAAACAUUGUUAACAAAUUCAACAACAUCACCAUUGGUCAAUUCGAAUACUGUAAAUGAGAUCUUGCCGACGAAUCCUCGACAACAAUCUCAUGUGCUAAAGCAGCAGCAACAAGUGGUUUUUUAUCCAAACCGAAUGGAAUUUCUGCCAUUAUGUGAUUUAUUGUUCAAUAUCAUAUCUCUUGCUGCAUAUUUUUGCGAUGUUGUAUUCGAUUCAGUGACAGCAUAUACUUUGUAUCUAAAUCGUCAAUUUACUUGGUUGGGCGUUUCAUUGUUUCUCAUUUUGAUGACUGCUAUCAUCAGUCAUAUCUUAUCAUAUCGUUGGUGUCGAAGAGAUGUGGAUGAACAAUAUGGUAAUAAUGACCAAAAACAGAAUCAACGUUGUUCAUCGGCGAAUCCUAUUAUGUUACAUCCUGAUCGAUGGAAAGAUAAUUCUUCACAAAUAAUGACUUUCAUUCAUCUACUUCAAUGUGGCGUUUUAUGGCGAUAUUUUAAAUUAUUUGCUCCUGUCAAUCUAGCCACAGUGAAACGGGAAGUUAGCGAACUUUGUAUCCUGAGAAUGGUACAUGCUUUCUUCCAGGCUGGACCAAUGCUUCUAUUACAAACGUAUCUAGUUUGGCGUAAACCGUCGUUGAACAUGAUCACAGAUUUGAAUAUCAUUUCUAUAUUCCUAUCAUUGUUCUCUAUUUGUUGGGCAUUGUCAUCGUUCAACAAGAAUAUCAGACCAGAUAAGAUACAUAGACUGGUACUCACUUGGUUCGGUGUUAUCUUUCAAUUCUUUUGGCGUGUUGGAACCAUCACAUCACGAAUCGUAGCAUUGACCGUCUAUGCUGUACUAUACGAACAAUGGGUUUUUGUCGUUAUUUUUCUACAUUGGUUUUCCAUGUUGCUUUGGUUACUUACUCCCCAUAUGUUACAGCAUUUAGAUCAUCAGGUAGAUGGUACAAAUAAUCAAAAAUGCAACAGAAAGAAAAAAUUGCUUGGUGCUGCAUCUUUGGCAUGGAUCUAUGUAUUCUGUUUUGUUAACAUGGAAGAUAAUCAUUCCCGGUAUCGAAUGUUGGCAUUCUAUUUGAUGAUGUUUGCUGAGAACAUUUUGUUAUUGAGCAUAUCCAUGUUUUUCGAUAAUCGUUUAUCAACAAUACAUGGAUAUCGAAGUUUAGCCAUUUGUCUAGUAAUUGGUUCGUUUAUAUUCGGCAUCAUAUUCAUGUGCAUCUAUUAUCGUUACUUUCAUAUUCGUAAUCUCAAAAAUUCCAUACAAUGUUCCACUGCUCCAUCUGGAGCAACUAUAGAUUUUGAAAAUUGUCCAUCAUCACAACCCGAUCAGAUUUCGAUGAAAGAAAAAUCUCUAUUAGAUCAAUUAAUCAUGAAUCAAACACAAACACUGGCCAUCAAUCAUAAAGACAUGGAUCCUAAAUUGUUGCCAUUCGCUAUGAAUACGAUUCCAUUUUUGAAUCAUCAAUCUCAGUCAUUAAGAAACAAUCUCAAUCAAAUGAAUGUUGAUGGAAAUUCUACAACAAUUAAUGAUAAAAAUAUUGCUGGUGUGUUCAAUUGCCGAUUAAAUCCAGCACUGAAGCGUAAAAAGAAAAAACCAUCAACCAUACCUCCAUUACCUCAAGAGAUGCUCAUUAAUGGCAUUGAUGCUGGUGAUCGAUCUACAAAUAAAUUACCGUUAAAAAAUACACUAGAAUCCAUUUCAGAAAAUGGUGCCAUGAACAAAAGUAGUAGCCAAAUUCAGCGACCUGCUUUGGAUUCUUGGAAACCUGGAUUUCAUAGUAAAAAUUUUAUCAAACAAAUCCAACGACCAUUGACUAAUUCAAGUGUUUUGAUGCGUUCCUAUCGACAAAGUCCAGCCGAAACAUGUUGGCGAAAACCAGAUUUAUCUGGUCGAUCAUGGUCCAUAUCACCAGCAGCAAUGAUGAAAAUUGGUGAAUCGUCAAAAUUUGGUUCAUCCGUUAUUCAGACAAAAGAUUCGGUUUCAUUUCAACAGCAACCGACAGCAAAAUUUACAGAUAAACUAGAUUUUGCACUUAUGAAUCAAUUGAAGUUUGAAUCAAAUGAAAUGAUGAAUAGUAAGAAAAUUGUUCGACCCAAACCUAUUGUACAACAUUCAAUCAAUAUUGAUUCAAUCAGUGAAAUGAACAUUGAUAUAAAUCAUACUGCCAAUCUACAAACUUCGAAUUAUGGAAACUUUUCAAAUGAUAAACAGCAUCAAGAAGUCAUCUAUAACUACUAUGAAUAUCUAAAUUCAUUAAAAAGUUCCAAAAAAGAUCUUUCCGGAUCCUCAGAUAAUAAUCCAGAUAUGUUCAACAUGUUACAUCAACGUCCGCCGGUUCCAGGUCGAGAAAGUCGUAACAAAAUGAAAGAAGAUCAAGGUGGCCACCAAUCAGCAAAUAACUAUGAGGAGGGUAAAAAAUCUUUAAUAAACAAUUAUACGGGCAAAAAUCAAGCAUUUAAGACAACCAUACUUACAUCGUCUUUAAAACAACAACCUCAACAUCAUCGGCAUUCAACCCGAAAGAAAAGAUUUCAUCAAGGUGCAAAAAAUAGUAAGAAUCGUAUAAAAUCUAAUCAAAAAUAUAGACCAAGAUCAACGAAUCUGUCCACCACUUCCUAUUCAUCGAGUGAAUUUUCAUCGAAAUCCGAUUUUUCUAGCGGAGAAGACGGCGACAUUGAAUCGGAUGUUAAUCAUCAUACCGAUGUACAGCAAAAAUACAAUGGUAUUAAUCGAACAAAACUACAUCUUCCUUCAACAUUGACAAACCAAAAUGCAUAUUUGACUAACUUGUACGAUCAAGUCAAUCAAGAUUAUGAUAACGUAAUCGCAACUGACGAUCUUCAUAAUGUUCAAAGUGAAUGUCAAGCACAUCUCGAUUCUGGAUACGGGCAAAUCGCUGCCACUAAUUUUAAUGAGCUUAACUUUGUAUCAUCAACUGUCAACAAGUAUUCGCCAUAUUUUCAUCAUUCAAACAGCAUCAGACCGCAGCAACAAACCGCCAAAAAACAUAAUACCCCUUUGUAAUAUUUUCCUAUAUUUUUAUUUUGUUGAUUCUUUUCUUUAUUAUUCAUUAUUAAUUAUUUUAUGCAAAAAAAUUGCAAUUUACGUACAUUCACAAACAGAAUAAAAAGGAGACUUUUCUCUUGAGAAAUUAUUAAUAGAUUAUAAACAUUAUGGAUCGAUAAUUUCACAUGUAUUAUAUGUAAUAACUAACUAUUAACUUGUGUUGAUAUUCUAAUGGCACGCCAAUAAAUUUAUGUACAAAUCGAUUGAAAAGUUUUCACUCUCAUAGAAAUCAAUCAUAAAUUUGAAAUGUCAUUAUUCAAGUCAUUCAUGAUGAAUACAGAAUUUGAAAUGGAUUUCAAACGAAAAUCUUAUAACGUUGGUUUCAUCAAUGUAAGUUUAGUUUUAGUUCCAUCUGAAGUCUGAUGAAAUUGUUUCACAGAAUGCCCCAUAUGCGAAUAUCCAUGCAAAUGAUGAUUUAUGGAAUGGGUUUGAAUUACGUAUGAUUCAAACAUUGGCAUCUUAUUUCAAUUUGACCAUACAUUAUGAACAAUUUAAUGGUGAAUAUGGCAGCCGAAAAUCGAAUGGCACUUGGUCGGGAAUAAUCGGAAAAAUUAUUUUGAAGGUUUGUGAUUAAUAUUCAAGUUGUCAUGUUAUUUUUUCAAUGACGAAUUUAGGAUUUUGAUUUUGUUUUUGGUGGUGUCGCAUUAACUUAUGAUAGAAUGUCUGUCAUUAAUUACCUUUAUCCACAUUGUAUCGACCAAUUUACUUUUGCCACGACUACUACUGGCAGUCAAAUUGAUAUGGAGGUUUUCAUCAAAUCAUUCGAUUGGAUCGAAUGGCUAUUACUUGUAUUUUUUCUAUUUUUCUUAUUUGAUCGAUUAACAAAUUUGGUUGAACACCGAAAAUUCCAUGAUUCUUUCGUAUGGAUUUCAGUAUGUAUAAUAUUUAGACAACCAUAUCGAUUGAUAAAUCGGUCAAAUUCAUCUAGAAAACUGUGUGCCAUUAUAUGGCUAUUUUCGGCAUUGGUUUUGUUCAAUGUAUACUGCUGUCGAUUAUAUUCAAUAUUGACGAUUCGUACUAAUCAUGUGGUUGAUACUGUGGAUAAAUUAGCCAAAGGUGCCGUCCAAAAUAGUAUCAUACCAGUUGUCAUGGAUUCCAGUGUUUAUCAAAUGUUAAACAAUUCUGGUAUAACUUCAUACGAUUUGAUAUCAGAUAAAUCAAUCCAAGUAGCCCAUCUAAAUGAUGGCAUCAAUUUAAUUAUUCAAACUAGUAAGCAGUUGAAGAAAUCUUUCUCCGAAAAGCAUAAAGCCUAUGCAUUUAUAGCCACACGUUUUAGUCUUGAAUUCGCACAGUUGAAUUAUGGUGAUAAACUAAUGUACAUACCGCCACCAACGAUACAAGCUGAAUUCUUUCCAUUGUUCAUUUCCAUACUGUUUGGAGAAACAUUCGAUCAUCGAGACGAAUUUAAUUACAUGUAUGACCAAACUUGAAAUGAUCGAAUAUUCAAGUUAUUUAAAUUACUCCAUUAUCAUUACAGAAUAUCACACCUUCAUUCGGCUGGAAUAUUCGAUUAUUGGAAAUUUCAGGAGCUCUCUACAACCAAAUACAAGGUUUCAAAUCAGAUAUCAAUUGAUGAUGCACAAUUAUAUGAUGAGAAAAAUAUGAAAAUUGAUAUGCAACAACUUAGCGUCGAACAUUACCAGAGUUUAUUUAUUUUAUUUGCAAUAAUGACAAUAGUUUCUACAGCUGUAUUUUGUUUGGAAUUUUUUUUUCAAAUAAUAACCAAUAAAAAUAACUGGUGUUCAUGGGAGUGA